GAGAGUGACCUCCGGUUGUUUAUCCAAUUGCUUCUCAGUCCGCGUACAUCGUCUCACAGUCAGUAAGCUGCAAGCAAUCCUCGAGUCAAGAUGCAAAGACUGAUCGUUUUCGCCUUCGUCUUUCUGGCGCUCGUGGCCUCGGCCCUUGCUUUUCAAGGUGUGAAAACCGGCGGAGGACGGAAAAUCGGUGGUAUAAAUUCUGCCAAUUCGUCAUCGUCGAAUAAUACCGGACUUUGCUACAUGAGAGUGCCGUACAGUCAUUGGGUUGCUCUUAAUGGAACGAACACAACAAGUCGCCCAGUGUCACCAUUGCCGAGGUAUCCUUCUCUGCAGGGCAAUCAGCCCUGGGUGACGUUGGUCGACUGCUGCGAGGGUUUCGUGCGAAAUGGUACAUCAGAUAACUGCAUUGCCUACUGCGAUCGUGGCUGCGAAGGUGGACGAUGUACAGGGCCAAACAUUUGCUCCUGCGAUCCAGGCUGGGCAGCCGAAAACGGGGUGUGCAAGCCGGUCUGUUCUCGACCAUGUCGUCCCCACGCCUACUGCUUUUCUCCUGAACAAUGCAUUUGCCAACUGGGCUACAUGUCCGACGGAAAGGAUCAGUGCAAACCCAUCUGUCCCGGAGGUUGCACCAACGGCGAUUGCAUUGCACCGAGAACCUGCCGAUGUAAACCUGGCUACACCCUGACGGACCUGAAGCAAUGCGUUCCUACUUGCGAGGGCGGGUGUCCUCACGGUGAAUGCACCGCUCCUGGUGUCUGCACCUGCUACACGGGGUACGUGAACCCACCAGGUGAGACGGAGGCUUGCAUCGCGCACUGUCCUGAUGGUUGCUUGAACGGUGAGUGCACAUCUCCAGGAGUCUGUACAUGCAGGCCAGGAAUGACUCAGGACAGCAGCGGGAGAUGCAUCGCUCAGUGUGAUGGUGGGUGUCCCAACGGCUACUGCGUGGGGCACAACAAGUGCGAAUGCAAUUCCGGGUUCGUGCUCGAUCCUGCGACGGGGAGGUGCUCCGGUACCUGCCAGCACCCUUGCCUAAACGGAGAGUGCACCGGAGCCAACGUCUGUACUUGUAAACAAGGCUACGUCCUCGACUCGUCUGACCCAACCCGCAGCAGGUGUGUCGCGUUUUGCCCCAAUGGAUGUCCUAACGGUGUUUGCUCUGGACCAAACUUCUGCAUCUGUAGUCCUGGCUUCAUCAAGGAUCGUGGUGUCAAGGGACGCCAGCGCUGCGUGCCUCGGAAUUAGGGGGGAGGAGGGGGUUUAUUUUUUUUUUAUUGUAAUGUAUUUAAUUGUUUCCUCGAAGUCUUUGGUAAAUUCGAGAGAUCCGAGUGAUUUUGUAUAAGUUGAGAAACCGCAGCUGUAUCGUUUGCUUAAUAAAUUCUUCGACACUGUGCAUGGUCAUUCA